AGCGCACAUCGACCCGUCUGGCAGAACGCACAUCGACUCGUCUGGCACAGAGCGCACAUCCACCCGUUUGGCAGAGCGCACAAGACAAGGCUGCAAAGUCGCAAAUGGUGUCACAUAGAAUCUCUCGCUCGCUCCCUCAACCUCGACUCCCCGCCCCCUCUCGUCCAUCGCACGCUCCCCUUCCUACUCCCUCAAUUUCGACUCCCCGCCCCUCUCGUCCGUCUCAGGCUCCCUGCCUCCCGACGAGGUGGAGGUAACGAUACGCACCCCGAAGCGGUGGCUGCGAAGAUACGCCCCUCGACAAGGCGCAGGCUCCCGCACCUCGAAGAGGUGUCGGACAAGGUGGCGGCGAAUGUACGCCCCUCUCUCGUCCAUCGCACGCACCCCUUCCCGUUCACCGCCCCCGCCCAUUCAUGGCGCCCUCCCCAAUGUGGCGGAGGCGCAAAUGCGCCUCCCUCCCCCCUCGAAGCGGUGGAGGUGAAGGGACUCCCCCUCAAAGCGGGCGUCGGCGACGGUACGCCGCCUCAAAGCGGCGCUCCCCGCUCCUCUCGUCCCUCCCUUCGUCACCCCCUUCUCCCUUCAUCACCCUCCCAACCCCCCUCGCCGCCCUCUCCCCCCUUCUCCCUCCGCCCCGCUUCUCCCCCCCUUCUCGCUCGCUCCCUCGCUCCUUCGUCCCCCUCUUUCCCUCUUGUUCGCCUCGUCCCUCCUUGUUCGCUCGAUCCCGCCCCUCUCCUGGGUGGAGGUGAAGAUACGCCCCUCGACGAGGUGGCGGCAACGAUACGCCCUCUCGAAGAAACAGGGGCGAAGGUCGAAUACACGCCCCUCAAAGAGGCGGAGUCGAAGACCCGCCCGUUCGAAGAGGCGAGGGGCGAAGACACCCCCCCCCCGGAAGCAGCGGGGGUGCGGGUGCCAUCCAGGGAGCGGAGCGGAAAACAAGCGGGCAGGAACGGAGGGAACGGAGGGAGAGGGAACGGAGGGAGAGGGGAGAGGGGAGAGUGGAGGGGGGGAAGCAAGCGAGAUGUAGCGGAGAGAACGGAGAGGAGGGGAAGGGGAGAGGGGAGCGAAGUGGAAAACCAAGCGGGCAGGAACGGAGAGAAUGGAGAGAGGAGGGGAGAGAGGAGGGAAGAGGGGAAGGAAGGUGGUGAGGAGGGGGGGAGCGCAGACGAAAGGCGAGUGAGAACGAACGAAAGCGGGGAAAAGCCCGCGAAAAGGCGCAGGAAAAGCAAACGAAAAGGCGCAGAAAAACGAGCGAAAAUGAGAAGAAGCGUACGAGAUUGA